AUCCAUUUUCCAUUACUUCAGCACCUAUGGAUGAUUAUGUCAGUGUGCACAUUAGAACUCUUGGUGAUUGGACCAGACAACUUAAAUCUGUUUUCUCGGAGGUCUGUCAGCCACCACCUACCGGCAAGAGCGGGCUCCUUCGAGCAGAUUUUUUGCAAGGAGAAAAUAAUCCCAACUUCCCGAAAGUCUUAAUCGACGGUCCAUACGGAGCACCCACGCAAGACUACAAAGACUACGACGUGGUCCUAUUAGUAGGGCUCGGAAUCGGAGCCACACCUAUGAUAAGCGUCGUUAAGGACAUCGUAAACAACAUGAAAGCAAUCGACGAAGAAGAGAACUCACUCGAAAACGGUGAAAUUACCUCCCUACCCUCGAACGCAAGCCCUUUAACACCAAUGCCCAAGAAAAAGCCCGUUGGACAGAGCGGUAGGCACAACAACUUCAAGACGAGUAGGGCAUACUUCUAUUGGGUGACGAGGGAACAAGGCUCGUUCGAUUGGUUCAAGGGCGUGAUGAACGAGGUUGCGGAAAUGGAUUACAAGGGAGUCAUCGAAAUGCACAACUAUUGCACGAGCGUUUACGAAGAGGGAGACGCUCGUUCGGCUCUAAUCACUAUGCUUCAAUCGCUUAACCAUGCCAAGAAUGGAGUCGAUGUCGUGUCGGGAACUAGGGUUAAGUCGCACUUUGCGAAGCCCAAUUGGCGUACCGUGUACAAACGCAUCGCGCUCAAUCAUCCUAACUCGAGAGUCGGAGUAUUUUAUUGUGGGGCCCCACCACCAGUAAAGGAGCUAAGACAGCUGGCAUCUGAUUUUUCCCACAAAACAAAUACCAAAUUUGAAUUCCACAAAGAAAACUUUUGACCUUUUCAAAAUCACAAUCAUCUUUUUGAAUGUAUAGAUUGAGACCACCACCACCACCACCACCGCUGCCGCCGCCGCGCCACCGCCACUAGGGGAAGCAAAUUUCUUAAAAUCCCACUUUUUUUUUAUUUAAUUUUGAAGAAGUAUAUAGAUAGUUUUCAAGGAGUGAUCUCAUCAAGCAUCAUGCUUACGUCAGCAAGAUUUGAUUAGUUUUUUAUUUUAUUAUUUUAGUAUAGAUAUUAUAGAUUAGUAUUAUAGUGGUUGGUGGAAGAUGUAAAAUAAAUUCCACCAACCCACUAAUAUCAUAUUUACGGUUGGACCCCUACACUAAUUGUAUAUGUUAUUUGUCACCUACUUAGUAUGUUUGCAAUAAUUAAUGAGAGUAUUGUGGCUUUUCAUUAUCUUCA